GAUGCUCUAAAUGACUGUAACCCACUCGCGAUUACCUGGCUGCGUGAGAGUAGGCCUCCUAAUUAUACCUAUCUAAAAGCCAGUCUCGUUAAAGUUAUAGAUGUCGUUAGAAUAUACUCUAUACUUCUUAAUCGUCUCUUGUACAAGACUAAACCACGCGUUAAUAACCUCUAG